AUUCUGGCACACUCAAGAGACCAGCUCUGCCCCCUUGGAUCAGCUCACACUACCAUGUGGACUCUGCCUCUCCAGGUCAGGACAGGGGUUUUUAAAUAAAAUGGAUGAUUUGACGUUACUUGAUCUUCUGGAGUGCCCCGUGUGUUUUGAAAAGCUUGAUGUCACAGCCAAAGUCCUCCCCUGCCAGCACACCUUCUGCAAACCAUGUCUACAGAGGAUUUUCAAGGCCCGAAAAGAGCUGAGAUGCCCGGAAUGCAGGACCCUGGUCUUCUGCAGCAUUGAGGCACUGCCGGCCAACCUGCUGCUUGUGCGUCUUUUGGAUGGUGUGCGUGCUGGGCAGAGCUCAGGGAAAGUGGGCUCCUUCCGCAGGCCAGGUGUGCUGACCUCUCAAGACAGCAGGAAAAGCAGGACCAACCCUAGAGGUCUGCAGUCCAGCCCUUUUCGACUGGUACCCAACAUCAGGAUCCACAUGGAUGGGGUGCCUCGAGCAAAGGCCUUGUGCAACUACCGAGGGCAGAAUCCUGGUGACCUGAGGUUUAAUAAGGGAGAUGUCAUCCUUCUCCGGAGACAGCUUGACGAGAAUUGGUACCAGGGUGAGAUCAGUGGAAUCAGUGGGAUCUUUCCAGCAAGUUCUGUGGAAGUGAUCAAGCAACUACCCCAGCCACCCCCGCUCUGCCGUGCCCUCUACAACUUUGAUCUACGGGAUAAGGACAAGAGUGAGAACCAGGAUUGUCUGACCUUCCUCAAGGAUGAUAUCAUCACCGUGAUCAGCAGAGUGGAUGAAAAUUGGGCUGAAGGAAAGUUGGGAGAUAAAAUAGGCAUCUUCCCUAUCUUGUUUGUGGAGCCAAACCUCACUGCAAGACACCUCCUAGAGAAGAACAAAGGUCGUCAGCUUUCCCGCACAAAAACCCUGUCUCUGGAGUCCUCAUCUCCCAGAGGCAAAGCAACCAACUCGCCCACUCUCCGUAGGGGCCCUGGGUCCAGGAGGAAGGCACCCGGGCAGUUCUCCAUCACGACAGCCUUGAACACACUCAACAGGAUGGUCCAUUCUCCCUCAGGGCGCCAUAUGGUGGAGAUAGGUACCCCAGUGUUGAUCAGUUCCAGCAACCCCUCUGUCAUCACUCCACACAUGGAGAAAGCAGACGUUCCACCCAGCUGUGUCGGACAGGUCAGCACUUACCACCCUGUACCAGCCUCCCCCAGACAUUCCACAGCCAUCGUCAGCCUGCCCGGUUCUCAGCACCACCUCUCAGCUAACAUGUUUGUAGCCCUGCACUCCUACACAGCCCACGGGCCCGAUGAGCUGGACCUACAGAAGGGAGAAGGCAUCAGGGUCCUGGACAAGGACCAGCACGGCUGGCUCAGGGGCGUCUCCUUAGUCACUGGGCGAGUUGGCAUCUUCCCAAACAACUAUGUCAUCCCCAUUUUCAGAAAACCAUCUAGUUUUCCAGAGUCCCGGAGUCCUGGUCUAUAUACCACGUGGACAUUAUCCACUUCCUCUGUGUCCUCCCAAGGCAGCUUCUCAGAAGGGGAUCCCCGGCAAAGCCGUCCCUUCAAGUCUGUCUUCGUGCCCACAGCCAUAGUCAACCCUGUGAAGAGCACAGCCAGCCCAGGGACUGUAGGACAGGGGACCCUUCGGAAAGGGCGGAGCAGCAUGAGAAAGAAUGGAUCCCUGCAGAGAACCGUUCAGUCAGGGAUCCCCACUCUUGUGGUGGGCUCCCUCAGACGCAGCCCGACCAUGGUUGUGAGGCCACAGCAGUUCCAGCCUCAGGGGAUUCCCACCUCACCCUCUGCCAUGUUGGUGGAGAUGGGACCCAAGGCUGGGGAGCCUGCCCUCACCUGCAUCAGCAGAGGCAGCGACACCAGGAUCCACUCAGCGGCCAGCUCCCUAAUCAUGGAAAGCAAGGAAAUUCCCAUCAAGAGUGAGCCUCCACUCAAACCACCUGCAUCUGCUCCACCCUCCAUCCUAGUGAAACCAGAAAACUCCAGAAGUGGCACCGAAAAGCAAGUCAAAACCGUGAGAUUUCAGAAUUACAGCCCUCCUCCCACCAAACAUUACACCUGUCAUCCCACCUAUGGAAAGUCUGAACAACCAACCACCCCUAAGGGGUCCCAGCCCGAAGCAACCUUCUUGGGCCCAGAGAUGAAUAUCCUAUUCGCCCACCGAAGCGGCUGCCAUUCCGGACAGCAGACAGACCUCCGGAGAAAGUCAACUUUUGGCAAAGCCAUGACUCCAGCACCCAAUGCCUCAUCCACGCAGACCGUGUUUCCCAGCAAAUGAAUCUCCAGGUGGCUAUUCCCAGACCCCAAAGAGGUGAAUUGCAUUUAAAUACAAUCUGCCUCCACUGCAGGUGUCUGCUAUUCUUUGGUCUCUUUGAGCAUGAGU